AAAGGAUUGUGGGAAGUGUAACUGUCAGUGUCCUUGUGCUGUGCCUUUACCUCUGAGCUGAACAGAGAAGUGUGCCAAAAUGUACAGACAGCUAAUGGGACUUCGGCAGCUGUCCAGGCGGACGAUCACGAGCAGCGCUCGCAGACAGAUUGACAACAGUGUAAAGGAGAAGCAAAAACUGUUUCAGGAGGACAACGGUAUGCCGAUCCAUCUGAAGGGCGGGUCAAAGGAUGCUCUGCUCUAUAGAGCCACAAUGAUUCUCACUGUGUUUGGGAGUGGAUAUGUUGUGUAUGAGCUGUUUAGUGCUGCAAUGCCCAAGAAGCCGAAUUGAAUCAGGACUGGCAAAUUGGGCUUUACCAUCUGACAAAACAAUCAUGCACAUGCUGUGUGUAAUUCAUCAACUCUGUUGUGCAGAUUUGUAAUCUGGGAAAUUAUUUGUCCUAUCAAUAAUAUCAGUACUUUCAAUGUUUGAAAUAAAUAUUUAUUGAUUGUACAAAUCAUGUGCUGCAAAUGAUAAUAA